CUUGAACUCCGGACACAUCAUCAGCAGCAGCAGCAACGCCCUCACAACUGAACAGACAACCUGUCGCCACAAUCCACCAAGCCGUAUGUGUCGUGUCUCGAUCUCGACUUUGCUCGAUUUGCCCCUCUCUUUGAGUCUGUAAUUGUGUCUGGAAAACGAUUCGUCACGUCUGCGCGCAAAAAAACCCCCGGUUCCUAGAAGGCCAGGCGGCGGCCAAACCUCCACCACCACCUCCUCCUCCUCUUGAAAAUCAUGUCCUACUAUCAGCCCACAUACGGCCAGGCACCUGGCGCCGCGUCGAACAACCUUCAAUUCUUCCCGUCGUCUUACUCGAACGUCUCCGGGCAUACCACGCCUUCACAGGCGUCCUACGGCGGCUACGGCGCGAGCAAUCCGGCACCUUCGUACCCGGGCUAUGGCGCAGGUUCUUCGGGAGGAUUCGGUGGUGGACCGGGCAUCCAGGGUGUCAGUGGGCGCAUGGGAGACUCUGGAGGACUGCGGACAGGCUGGCUCGCCGCGUUCGGCACGGAAGGCUACGAGGGAGAACCGGGCCUCAUGGAAGAGCUAGGCGUCAACUUUGGACACAUCAAAACAAAGACUCUGACGGUACUCAACCCGUGGACACGACCAUCCCCUCAUAUCAUGGACGACAGCGAUCUUUACGGCGGGUUGCUGUUCCUGGUCCUCUACGGCACGUUCCUCGCGCUCUCGGGCAAGUUCUUUUACGGGUACAUCUACGGCAUCGCCCUGUUCGGAUCGAUGGCCCUGCACUGGAUGUUUGCGCUCAUGACCCCUCCCGUCGAACCGGGCGAGGUAGACCAGAUGGCACAAGGACAGAGGGACCACGCCAGUUCCUCGUCGUCGGGACACGGCGGCGGACAUUUCUCAAGCACCCUGACGUAUUCUCGGAGCGCGAGUGUCUUGGGGUAUUGUUUUUUGCCCUUGGUGUUCACGGCCUCGUUUGGUGUCCUUUUGCCCAUGGACACCGGGUUGGGAUACGUGCUGACGGCGGCCGCGGUGGGAUGGUGCACUUUCAGCAGUUCCGGUAUGUUUGUGAGUGUGGGAAGGAUGAAUGGGAUGCGUGGACUCGUUGCGUACCCUCUUGCACUUUUCUAUCUGGGAUUCGGGAUCAUGGGCAUCUUCUCAAGUAGAGGGAGUGGAAUGCUCCAGGGGAAGGUCAUGUGACUUGAUUGAUUGAUUGACUUGAGCCGCUGGAAAAUCGAGCUGAGCUGGGAAAAAGAAAGACUAACUUGAACAAUGAAUGGGAGUGUCCUUGAUCGUAAGUGCAGCAUUGGACUUGGUGUCAUGCAUGAACCGGUACAUGGUAAUCAGCUCUAGUAGUCGAGGGGGCAAAUAUGAAGACAUACAAAAGGUAUAUUUUGUUAGAGAAAAAAUACAGACCAAGUAUUCAUUCCCGUGUA